GCGACAGUUGUUCGGCUAACAUGUCCGGACCGGACCCGGACGAACCUGUGUGAGCGGAGGCGCUCGGGAACUAACCCGGACUCGGCACUUCCUGCUUUGUGGCCCAGCAGCGACGCCCCGCCCAUACUGGAAGUUCCGCAGAUGACCCAGUGUGAGUGUGAAAAAACGUUUUGAACCCUUUUGUCACAGCCACAGCACCACCCACAGACAAAGCCCCGCCCACAGGAUCCACCGUUCGGUACCAACGAGCACAGAUCUUUCCUGACUGUCGUGCACGGCGCAGUGUCGGUGACGCGCCCGGGUUCCGUCCUACCGGAGGCAGCAGCGGCUCGGAGUCUGAACCGGAGCGUCUGAGAGGAUUCAGGAUCUGGCGCCGACACCGGCACCAGGAUUUAUUCACGUCCGGACCUCUGAGCCUCUGGCGGAUCCAUCACCUUGCGAAACGAACUGGUUCUGGUAGAGAGGCAGCUAGUGAGGGGUCCAUGCACAUCCAGGAUCUGACUCCUCCCCUAUCGCUUGAUGGGUUGUUCAGGAUGAGCAGAUUGCUGGUGAUGAAGGGGGAGGACGCCCUUCACAUCCGGUCACCUUGACGACCCAUCAGCAUCCCGCAGAGCUGUAAGCGGUGUCGCUACCGGUUCCCUAGAGCUGCUGUGCUCGCAGUGAUUUAAAGGCUCCAUUUGUGUCCUGAUCUUCUACAGUGCUUGAUGCUGUGCUGCUCAUCUGCUGAUCUGUCCCUUCAUCACCCAGAGGAAGCAUCUGAUGACAGGACUGCAGACCGACAGGAGCAGCGACCACCUGCUAUGGCCAGUGCAGCUGAUGGUGUGGGACGUCUGGGUGUGGAGCAGAACCUGAGUGAUCACGAAGCCUGGGCCACGGCCAUGAACAACCUGGGCAUCGUGCCUGUGGGCAUCAACGGACAGCAGCUGCUUCCAGACUCUCUAUGUAUCCAGAGGUUCGACUCCGGACUGGGCCUUAUCGCUCCCAUGAACCCGUUGAUGGCUGGCAUCAGUCUGGUGCCUCCGCCGCCUGUAGCCCCCGACAUGCCGGUCAUCAAGGAGAUUAUCCACUGCAAGAGCUGCACACUCUUCCCACAGAACCCCAAUUUGCCGCCUCCAUCGACACGGGAGCGCCCCCCUGGCUGUAAGACUGUGUUUGUCGGAGGUUUGCCGGAGAACGCCACCGAGGAGACCAUCAAGGAGGUGUUUGACCAGUGCGGUGACAUCACGGCGAUCCGCAAGAGCAAGAAGAACUUCUGCCACAUCCGCUUUAGUGAGGAGUUCAUGGUGGACAAGGCCAUUUACCUGUCAGGCUACCGGAUGCGUAUCGGUUCCAGCACUGACAAGAAGGACUCGGGGAGGAUCCAUGUGGACUUUGCCCAGGCCCGAGACGACCUGUACGAGUGGGAGUGUAAGCAGCGUCUUCUAGCAAGAGAGGAAAGACACCGACGCAAGAUGCACGAGGAGCAUCUGCGGCCGGCGUCGCCUCCGCCCAUCGUGCACUACUCUGAACACGAGGCGGCGCUGAUGGCCGAGAGGCUGAAAGACGACCAUAAGUUCAGUGAGGCCACAGCUGUUCUAUUCACCUGGAUCGACCGUGGUGAAGUCAACCGCCGGACCGCAAAUCAGUUCUACUCCAUGGUCCAGUCGGCCAACACCCACGUGCGGCGACUGAUGAGCGAGAAAGCGCAGCACGAGGAGGAGAUGGAGCGUGCCAAAGAGGCCUUCAGGAACGCGCUGCUGGCCAUUUUAACCCAGUUCGAGCAGAUCUCCACCGUUUUCACCGCCGCCACCAGGCAAAAGGCAUGGGACCAUUUCUCAAAAGCACAGCGCAAGAACAUAGACAUUUGGCGCAAGCAGUGCGAGGAGCUGAGAAACGCUCACAGUGAAGAGAUCAUGGGCAUCAGACGAGAGGAGGAGAUGGAGAUGUCAGACGACGACUCAGAUGAGAGUCCACGCAAGAAGAUGUGCAUGGAGGAAAAUGGACUGUGUGAUCAGACUCAGGCCUCUCUGCGGGAGGAGAACGACUCCCUGCGCUGGCAGCUCGACGCCUACAGGAACGAGGUGGAGCUGCUGAGGAAGGAGCAAAGCAAAUCCAGCCGAGCGGAGGAUGAGCACAUGCACGGUCCCGAGGCUCAGAUCCAGCUGCUGCAGCAGAGCAUGCUCAACAUGCAGCAGCAACUUGUGAGUCUGCAGGAGAAGCUGACGAGUAAAGAAGCUGAGUUGGAGCAGUUGAGAGCGGAGCGUCGCUGCCUGGAGGGUGAGGCGCUCGGCCGCCGAGACAAGCUGCUGAACCAUAGCAGGGAAGCUGUGGACGUGAGCAACGAAGAUCUACAUGAUGAGGUGAUGAACGGCUGCAUUCCCUCCGUGUUCCACAGCCGAGAGAGGAGGAGUGAUGCUGCCAUGAAAGCGGUCGCAUCUGAAAAAGAGGCUCUCCUUCUAGGUGUUAUAUCAACCUUUCUUCACGUGCAUCCAUUUGGAGCAAACCUUGAAUAUCUGUGGUCGUACAUUCAGAGACUGGACUCAAAGGUUUCGGCAGGGGAGCUGGAGCGGCUCAUGGUCCGUCUGCCCAGUAUGUUCAGGCAGGAGCUGAGCGGCGUCGGUGCGACUCUGGAGAAACGCUGGAAGUUCUGUGGGUUUGACAGCCUGAGUGCAGCGUGACACAGGCAGAACGCACACACACACUGAUGCAGUGACAGACCAGUGAUGUGUGUGUGCGUUCUUCAUCUUGAAAUUCCUACUUGAACAUCAUUCCAGUUGUUUGUUGCUGGAUCACAGGAGGGAUGAGGUUCUGACCCAGUUGCCUCCUGAUGUUGUGCAAAGGUGAAAUGACUAAGAAAUGAGUUUUUCCACCACUGUAGACAUUUUUCCUAAAGACCACAAAAAGUGAUACCAAAGUUGGCAUUUAUAAAGUUUUCUGGUUCAGUCCCAACUUAGUUUUAUAUACUGACAGCCCAGAAUGCACCACGAACCUGCAAUGCAGUCACAACUGUUCAUCUUAACAACCAAUCAGUCUGACAAUUGUGGCGUGGGUGUUUAAGACCUGAGCUGCAACUUCAGGCCUUUUCCUGGUGUCCUUUAGAAAUCAUGGAUAAGGAACAAAUGAAGAACUAACAAGGAUGAUAGAAAUAAUGAUGUGUGAUGUAAUGAUGUGUUAUUUAAUGGAUUAUUUUUUUCAUUCAACUGUAUGCAGUUAUUCUUUGUCAUCAAAAGAUGUAUUUAAGUACGAGGAUAUGAAAACAGACGAAUGCUGGUCCUCAUCGUGUCUUUGUUUCUUCUCUGGGUUUUUGUGACAAAUGAGAAGAAAAUCCCCAUUUGCAAACAACAACACUGAGAAGAUUGUGUUCUCCAAACUUGAGGAAGACACUUCACGCUAGCUCUCCAGGCGCCAUCCCCCAGGAUGGGCCAAAUGGAAAGAAAUAUUCCCACUGGGUGACGAAUAAGGGGAUUCAUUUUAUUUUUUUAAAUUACUGUACAGGUUUAAUAAACACAACUGAUUUGAACAAUACUUGAGUAAAACCCAUUAUGACCCACUUCUGUUAAAGGCUGCACAUGCUUUCCAUCCUUAAUUCCCAGCAGGUGUUUUGCUCAGUGUGAAAACAUAUUUCGGAUGCACCAUUACAUGCUGCCAUUUACAACCACUCAGCAGGAGCAAAAUAGCCUACACACAAAUUCAUGAGAGAUUUCUCACAGAACUGGCUGCCAGGUGUGAAGACAAGCAGGCACCAGUGAUGAGGCAUGACAGCAGCGGGGGAUAUGAAGGAAUGCCUCAACACUGUGGUCGACAAAGAAAACACAAAGAGCUGUGGAUAAUUACAGCUGCUGUCAGCAGGCUUCAUUAGAGAUGCAGCACGACUAAUGGAGGCCUGUUCCCUCUGCCUCUGCUCACGGCUGCUGAACACAGUAUUUAUAGACCUGUAACACGCACAGGAGCAAAUGAUUUCUUUUGAGGGGCAGUAGGUGAGCUGAAUGCUCGAACUGUUUGUUUUGUUGUGAAGAUCUCACAACACAAUGUCCUGAUGCAAACUUCAACUGUAUUUAAAAAAUAAAACUGAUCAGUUAACAAAUCA